ACAGCUUUGAGCUGACAAUGAACAUUUAGGGCUUUUCUUGUAAAUUCUGUAACUUUGUAAAGAAAGGUCGUGUAGAGCUGGGAGACGUCUCAUUUUAAUCAGAAAUGUGCGGGCUAUAAUUAUGCCUCAUUAGGAAAGGUUUUGAUUAUUUUUUAGAAUUUCUCAAAAACUGGUUUUGCAGAAAACAGAGACUUCAAGAGCUAUGCUCUAAAAUUCUUUUAUGCUUUUUACCAGCUCGAUGUGCUCUAUAAAACGAGGUAUGAAUGAAGGAAAUCGGAGUUUGGCACCUGGGGCGAUUCCCUCGUCAGCUCUAUGCAGAAAAGAUACAUGGCUUUCCCAAAGAAGAUGUUCCUCAAUCCUUAACCAUUAUUGAACUUUUUUAGAUCGUGUGAACGGUGUCGUUUCUGAAGUUGAUUUAACUAACCGAGGAAGGAAUGGUAUGGGAAAACAGUAGAUUUAACUUUCCCCGAUGAAGUAGGCUAUAGUUCAUGCAAAAAGGAAAGAAAUAAAAUAGUCAUCUUUCAGAUUCUGUCAUUUAUUGGUUUCUGUAUUAGGCCAAUCACAGCGGAGAAAAAAUGGCUCCAUCUAAUGGUAUUCACAUAAAUCGCGUGUUUCAAAUAGACAACGUCUUUCGGAUAACUAUCUUAAGACUAAUAAACAAGGUAACGCUCGUCUCCACUCGCUCGGUCUCUUGACUGUAUUAAGUUGGAUCUGCGCAAGCGAACGUCCUUUGGCGACUUUUAAAUCGAACACAAUACUCACGCCUCCCUUCGUUCGGCGCUCGCUGGGGGCCUAACUAAGGCAUCUUCUGGAUUUUUGUUCAUUUUUUAUGUAUAAGGUUCGUAGUCUGAUAUUAAUAUAUAAAUCAAGAAUCUCUAGAGGUCUAAACAUGAUUCUGAAUUCAAAACAAUGCUCACGCCUCCCUUCGAUCGACGCUCGCUGGAAACCUACCUAAGACAUCUUCUGGAUUUUUUUCUGUUUUCAUGUGUAACGUUCGUAAACUAAUAUAAAUAGAGCAAAAAUCUCAAAAACAAUGCUCACGCUUCCCUUCUGUCGGCGUUCGCAACCAGUAUAGAUGAGAAACGCUAUGAAUUUCUCUGAUUCCACCAAAAAACCAUCUGAUGUAAUAUCAAGUUAAAAGGUUUUCUGCACAUCCCCUGCAGACCCCAAGGAGGUUGAAAGUAUUUCUAAUCGAUUCGUUAUAAUAGAUUAUCUAUACACUAUCAAUUUUAUUACCCAUAGACCACUUUUUUUGUAUUGUCACAGUUGACUGCUAUCUGGCGACAUCUACCCCCGGCUCACAGAAAACGGUUGCUGAGCUGUUCACUUCUUUGCAUCAGUAAAUGCUUCAGAUGAGCUCUUUGAAUAUUUUCUCUCUUAUUUAAAAAAAAUUUUUUCUACUGUUGUCUCUUGUGAUUCGCUUAUCCAUAGAAUAUCUGACAGCAAUUUUUCCGUAUUUUGCGCACACCAGUGUUUCUAACAUUACGCGUACGCCUUUGUUCCAAAGCGUACGGUACGCGAACUAAAUUGAAAAUACGCUUUGUAUCAACCAAUAGGAAAAGACAGAACGGUAAAAUCCACGAAUUACCACGUUUAUGUACGCGCUGCUCAAAAUUCUCAUUAGAAACCCUGGCGCACACACACACACAAACACACAGACAAUCGUUUUGUAAGAUCCUAUACUAAAGUCAAGGGAAUAUCUGCUACUAGUUGUUUAUUGGUUUUUCAACAUAUUCUUCUUUCAUCGAAGAAGUGUUUAAUGCGAUACGAAACUCGUAAGGUUUUGUGAAAUUUCUACUAAACCACUUCGCCGGUUUCGUAUACUCUGUACAAAACCUUGUAGAAAAAAAUUUUGUUUUCAGGUUUCGUACCAUCUAACAAACCCUCUGAAUUUCAAAAUUUCGCUACAAAACCAUUAAAAGUUUCGAAGCAAUACACCGAACAUUAAUGGUUUAGUAUGGAGCCUUUUCUUUUUAGAGAGUAUGGUGGGUACGUCGCUCUAAGCAUACUUUAAGAGGAGAGCUGAACCCCAAAACUAGUAUUCGCAGCGUGAUUUCCGGAUAUCCAAGGCGUAAUGGGGUGUAGUCUAUGACUCGCAACUGAGAAGCGUCAAAGGAAAAGAGAGGUUGACACUGGCCCAAAGGAAUCUCUGUUAACUCAAUGAAUACCAACGAUUUAGAUGCAUUGAUUCAGGCAUCGGAAAACAUGAAACAAAAUUCACCUUCUUUCACUGUAGUGACAUUGAGAGAGCUUUCUUUUUUAUUAAAAAGUAAACUGAAUGCCACAUGAUAGUUGCCCUAUUCUUUUGACAAAACGGGAAAAGUCAUUUGACAGAAUAAAGAGUAUAUAAUACUGCUACGAAGAACGUUUUAGAUUAAUAAAAAUCCACUUGAACUAUUUAUUUCAAGUUUUCGAUGAGUGCUUCGACCAUCGUCAUGAAACAAUAGGACAAGAAAAAGAAAAUUAGUACUAUUAUAUACGUACCCAAUAAUAGUAAAUCUGCCUGAAACUAGAAAAAGAGAGUGACAACUUGAACACACCGUGAAAACAUGAAUAAAAAGAAAUGUGAUGAAACCAAAUAUACGUGUAUAAAUAAAAGUUAUUCUCUGUGUAUUUUAGCUUGAAAACUCAAGUAUGGACAAAACUCGAGAAUUUGAUGAACUGUUAAAUUCAAUUGAUAGGCUGAUCCAAAAAAAUGCUUCUUCAUUUGAAGUUUAUGAUUUGUGCGAUCGUGUUAAAAGUCGAAUUGAUAACCUAUUUGAAGGGAGAAAUGAUGAACUAUACAAACGUUAUCGUCAUUCCUUUCACGUUAAAAGAUCGGCUUAUUCUCGUCAGGUUGGUAAUGACGAGGAUACAAUUGUUCAUGAAAAAUUAUCAAAAAUAUAUAAACCCGAACAAAGUAAGGAACGAAAUAUAACACCAGAAACGAUACGGUCUGAAAUCCCCUAUAAUGUGCUGGUUACAUGGGAAGACAUUAAAUCUUGUUUAAACCAACUUGUAUUAUUACUGAAAGUGAAUGAUCCAGAAAUCUUAAUUGAACGCAUCGAAAAGUUACAGACAGCUAUCAUUCGAUUAUUAGAAAAUAACAUCCGAUCGUUUGAACAAUACGAGAUAACCCAUAUUAAUUGUUCGGACAUACAAAAGUUAUUACAUGUAGUCAUAGAAGAAAUGAGGAGAGCUGACUUGGACAUGGUAAGUGGAAGUGUAAAAAGUCUGUUAGAAGAGUUUGAAGUGUCCCUUACUGAACUAAUUCAUUGUAUGGAUGAUGGACUAUUAGAUAGACGUGUUAAUUUUGUGAAUUAUAUUCUUUCUGAUAUUCCUACUCUUCAGGCUACAUGUUUCCCUGAUGCAGCUUCUCUUACAAAAGAGCGAAUCGAAUCGAUUCACAUACAAUGGAUAAAGUUUUUUCAUCCGGAUAGAAACAAAAGUUAUGAGCCCUUGUUUAACGAACUAACAAAAUAUCUUAACAGUGAACGAGAUUUGCUGUUAAAUAAUAUCACACAAGAAAUUGGCGAUUCCUAUAUAGUUGAAUAUUAUUGUAACGAGGGUCUUACUCUGUGGGAGAAAGCAGUUGAUUACACACAUAUAUUAAACAACAGAAAAUCGAAUUUGAAACAUUUAACACCGGAAAUGUAUGAAAAUUUAACUGAA